AGCCAGAUGCAGAGAAUGAGAGAAAUGGGUGGAAAUUUGUGACUCCAACCCAGGGUCUCAGAUAUUCAUUUAAGAGAGAGAGACAGAAGACAGGCGCGCAGGCAGACGAGGGACAAACGUGGAAACCCGCAGAGACAGAGACCCUGGGCUACGGACAGGUGGAGGGAAAGGGGAUCAGAAAGCGGAAUAGACACGGAGAGAGCGUAGCUCGCGGGUGGCUGAGGGGGGAAAGGCGGGCGCCCCGGCAGAGGGCGCGCGGCUGCCCUCUGCCCCGCCGGGGUCACGGAGCCCCCUCCCCCGCGCCCUGGCCGGAGGGCCGGGCUAUUUUUACGCGUGGACAUCGGACACCAGCCUGGGGCGGCGGCGGCGGCGGCCGAGGUGGGGCCGGGCCGGGUCGGGCGUCGGGGCCACACGUCCGUCCGCGGGUCGCCGGGGCUGCGCGCGCCAUGGAGCCGCGGUGCCCGCCGCCCUGCGGCUGCUGCGAGCGGCUGGUCCUCAACGUGGCCGGGUUGCGGUUCGAGACGCGGGCGCGCACCCUGAGCCGCUUCCCAGACACGCUGCUCGGGGACCCGGCGCGCCGCAGCCGCUUCUACGACGGCGCGCGCCGCGAAUACUUCUUCGACCGGCACCGGCCCAGCUUCGACGCCGUGCUCUACUACUACCAGUCCGGCGGCCGGCUUCGGCGGCCGGCGCACGUGCCGCUCGACGUCUUCCUGGAGGAGGUGGCCUUCUACGGGCUGGGCGCGGCGGCGCUGGCGCGCCUGCGCGAGGACGAGGGCUGCCCGGUGCCGCCGGAGCGGCCCCUGCCCAGCCGCGCCUUCGCUCGCCAGCUCUGGCUGCUCUUCGAGUUCCCCGAGAGCUCGCAGGCCGCGCGCGUGCUCGCCGUCGUCUCUGUGCUCGUCAUCCUCGUCUCUAUUGUCGUCUUCUGUCUCGAGACGCUGCCGGAUUUCCGCGACGACCGCGACAAGCCGCUAGCCGCGGUGGCUGCUGCGGGACCGCUCCCCAGUCGGCUGAAUGGCUCCAGCCCUGCACCUGGACCCCCAGCUCGCAUGCCCUUCGACGACCCUUUUUUUGUGGUGGAGACACUGUGCAUCUGCUGGUUCUCCUUCGAGCUGCUGGUGCGUCUGUUGGUUUGCCCGAGCAAGACAGUCUUCUUCAAGAACGUGAUGAACCUCAUUGAUUUCGUGGCCAUCUUGCCCUACUUUGUGGCUCUGGGCACCGAGCUGGCCCGGCAGCGGGGCGUGGGUCAGCCCGCCAUGUCCUUGGCCAUCCUGCGAGUCAUCCGGCUGGUGCGCGUCUUCCGCAUCUUCAAGCUGUCACGGCACUCCAAGGGCCUGCAGAUCCUGGGCCAGACGCUGCGGGCCUCCAUGCGCGAGUUGGGCCUCCUCAUCUUCUUCCUCUUCAUCGGCGUGGUCCUCUUCUCCAGCGCCGUCUACUUCGCUGAGGUCGACCGGGAAGACUCCUAUUUCACCAGCAUCCCUGAGUCCUUCUGGUGGGCGGUGGUCACCAUGACCACUGUCGGCUAUGGGGACAUGGCGCCGGUCACCGUGGGCGGCAAGAUCGUGGGCUCUCUGUGCGCUAUUGCUGGUGUGCUGACCAUUUCCCUGCCCGUGCCGGUCAUUGUCUCCAACUUCAGCUACUUUUACCACCGAGAGACAGAGGGUGAAGAGGCCGGGAUGUACAGCCACGUGGACACGCAGCCCUGUGGCCCCCUGGAGGGCAAGGUCAACGGGGGAUUGGUGGAUGGAGAGGUGCCCGAGCUAGCACCUCCACUCUGGCCGCCCCCGGGAAAACACAUGGUCACUGCAGUGUGAGGGCAAGUUGAGGCCAGCAGGACCUCACAUUUCUGUGGA